AUGUCUUCUUAUCACUUCAUCCUCAAUCUGUUACUUCAUAUGUCGUAUUACGUAGGAGCAGCAGAUGUUGAUAUAUGGGCCACUCUAAAUCGUUCAGUCAAUGGCAAUUUUCAUUCGGCAAAACCAUUCUCGCUUCCUUGUUUUUCUUUACACGAUGGCUCGGAAUCCUCACCUGACUUGAUGCUCUGUAAUGAGAUUCAGGCAAGCUAUACGGAUUCUCUUUACCGCGCCGAGUUCUACAACGGAUUCUCGAAUAACCAAGAUGAGAUGUGUCUCGCCAACAAUACGGAUAAAUGUCUUCUAGAUCCAGUUUCGCCGAGUAAUCCCUCUUCGUUCACAAAUCGAAGCUGCAAUCAAGGAAGUGUCUCAGAAUAUUAUAUUGACGUUCAGUCCCCUUCCGAUAUUUUGGCCGCAUUCAAGUUCUCUCGAGAUACCGGUAUCAAGUUAUCCAUCAAGAACAGUGGACAUGACUAUCUUGGGCGAAGCAGUCUCAAGGAUUCAUUGGCACUAUGGACACGCAAUCUUCGACAUCUCUCCCGCGAUUCUGCUUUUAUACCCGAAGGUUGUUCCGCUUCUAUUCUUGAGCCACUUAAUACGAUCACUACAGCUGCUGGUGUGAAUACUGAUGAAGUCUACAAUUUUGCGGAUUCUCAGAAUGUUACUUUCAUCGGUCCUUAUGGUACAAGCAUAGGCGUCUCCGGAGGAUGGGUUCAAGGGGGUGGCCAUACUGUACUCUCGACUGUCUAUGGAAUUGGCAUUGAUAGGGUUCUUCAGUUUAAAGUUAUUACCCCGGAUGGUGUCGAAAGAGUUGCAAAUGCUUGUCAAAACGAGGAUUUGUUCUGGGCGUUGAGAGGCGGCGGAGGUGGGACGUUUGGCGUGGUGCUGGAAAGUACACAUCGUGUUGAGAAGGCCAUGAGCUUGAUAGUCUCGGAAGUGAGAUAUCAACAAACAGGAGGGAAUGUGAAUAGUUGGUUCGAGUUGUUGGUCAAUAACUCAUUACCAUGGGCUAGGCAAGGUUGGGGAGGCCAUUUCCGUUCAAACAAUCUAGUCAGUGUUACACCACUUCUUUCUCUGGAAGAAGCGAAAGCUUCGAUGAAAGCUGCGACGGAUUUCGCUCUCGCGAACAACGGCACUUUCACCGUUGAGUCAUUACCAUCAUGGCAAGCAUUUUAUACCAAAUACCUCACUCCGAACCAAGCAGCCGUCGGAACCCCACGAAUAUUGGCCAGCCGGCUAAUCCCAUCCAUCCUUUUCUCAUCCCAGGAAGGUCGUACCGCGCUCUUUGAAUUACUGCAGAAGGCCCUGAAACUAGGACUUUCACCCUACAUUCCUACCGAUACACCUUUCUUAUACCCAUACCCCCAGAAUUCUACCUCGUCAACCAUAGCUUGGAGAGACGCGGUAUGGAUGUUGAGUUUCGGCGUCGAUAUAGGGUGGAACGCGACUCUUCUUCAGCAAACAGCUAUCUUAGCGAAACAAGCUUCGCUGAUCAAAGAUAUUGAGGAUAUGAUUGUUGAAUUUGGAGGUGUGGUUGGAAGUUAUUUCAAUGAGGAUUCUCCUUGGACCGAGAAUUGGACUGGGAAGUGGUGGGGGAAGGAUAAUUAUUGGAGGUUACUUGGGAUAAAGAAACGAUACGACCCAGAAAGUUUAUUGGGGUGCUGGAAGUGUGUUGGAUUUAAGGAAGAGGAUGUUCAUGAUAAGUUCCCAUGCUACGGUGGAAUCUCAAGCUUGGCUUGA